GUGCUGAACUCAAAAAAAUGCAGAAAUUCCUUAUCGCAACAUCUCGAACCCUGAUGAUAUCUUCAACGCCGUCCUUUCGUACCUAAGUCAGCAACCAACCCGUGAACCGUAACCCGUAACCCGUAACCGCGCUUUCCUUUCUUUCUUUCAUGAUCCUAGCACCAAGCUCGCGUGCAACGUUUCGCAGUUGCAUGAACAAAGAAAACCAUGGAGGAAGCGACCAAGACGAUUGAAACAUUAGUUAAAAACAUCUUGCCCUUCAAAGCACACUACUUAUCGCUUGACACGACGCGACGAUACAGAGAACAAACAGACGAGAAGGGAUUAGAAGAAGAAAUCAUCAGGCCUCUCCAAUACACAACAUUCAUCAGUGACGCCGAGCGUGGAAUUCUCCUUACGAGAGCCUAUUUCGACGUACGAGAAGAGCCUGUAAACUCUGCCAAUGCGACAGAUACCCCGACGCCCAAGAAGAGCGAUCCUAACAAACCUAAGACGAAACUGUCCUUAAAAGAUUAUAAGAACAGGAAGAAGUCUCCUGACGGCGAAGAGCCGCCUAAACCACCUGCGCAGCCCGCCAAGGCGAAUGCGCCUACGAAGAAACUGCCGGAUCCGGUAGUAAAGGAGAUGGACGACCACCGUGAUGGCCGGAGGGCGGCACCCGACAUAAAGGCUAGCCUGAAGUCUGAGGCGCGUCGCCAUCGCAGCCCUUCACCGGAGAGGAAAAAACGUUUUGCAGAAAUAGACCAAGAUUCCAAGCCAGCGAAGCGAAGCAAGGUUGAGAAUGCCACACCGAACCCUAUAAGCUCGCGCCCUAGCAAAGACCACACGCCACAAAAGUCUGAGCGGCUGAUAUCUUCGGAAAAGAAGCUAGCCAGAGACUCGAAAACUCUUCCAACUACAAAUGGUAGAUCAGCACUAGCAAGCACAGCGCACAAAGGCAUUUCUCCCAAACCUAGCACUCAUACGAACGGCGUCCAAAAGUCCUCUAAAACCAGAGAUAUAGCAGAUAAGAGGACGGAAAACAAUUCAAAUUCGAAGCCGCCAUAUGUGCCGCCUUUGCUAUCUCCAAUAGAUAUGUCGGACUACAUAGAUGAUGACCCUAAAACAACACGCUCCAUCCCCAAGAAGAAGCCGGCAGAUUCAAACAGCCUAAAGCCACCGUCGAAGAAGAGCCGGGAAGAUCGCGAACCGUCACCUAGUUCCGAGAGGCGCAAAAUACCACCACUCCUAUCCCCGACACUCCCACCCAUUGUACUCGAAGAGUUGGCAAAGACGAACAAAUCUACUCCGUCAAAGGACCUAAAGGACUCAAGUCAAAGAAGUAGUCAAAUUUCGGACUCUCCUAAUGGCCAGAAGAAAGCGGCGAAGCCUUCAAAGCGCGAAGAGACCAUCCAUGUGGAUAGUAACAAAGGACAGCGGGAGUCGCUUAAGGUUACUCUGAAGUACAAGAAACGAAAUGCGAAAAGGGUAGAACGACUUCUAGCCCUGCCUCCCAUUGGGAGGAAGAAGAUCGACCUUUUGAGGAAAGAUGCUGUUGUAGCUCGUGAUCGUUCCGAUAGCUUAGAACCCGGCACCGCACGUAAGCGACCCAUCCCAGCGGCGGAUGCUAGCGAAGCGAUCAAACGGCCGAAGACGUUGGAGAAUACACGCCCUACAACACCACCAAGACAAUCAUCAGCAAUGACUCGUGUCGCAUCCAAUAGUUCACAAGCUGGUACUCCGGGAGUUACGAAUGGCCUCACCCCCGCCGCGCAACCACCCGAACGACGGCGCCCGUUUGUUGAUCCGGAGAAGUUACAUAAGUUACAGUCACGGUCGUCGAGUAUAAUACAACUUGCCAUCAAAUUAAAACAUGAACGAGAUGCCGUCUUGAAGAAGCAAACAGAAGGGAUUUCGGAGCGCGAGCGCCAGGUUGCUAUUGCCGCUGGCAUCCAGUGUUUGGUCUCGUUUCUGUUCGGCUUCAAACUGCAGAGCGAUGCUGCUGACUUGGAACGCAAACCUGCUUCGAUUCGGUCACUAAGGGAAUUGUUACCCCUAUUUCGAGUGACGAGAAGCGAUUGUGCCAGACACAAUGCCUUGACUGCGUUAAUAUUGCGCCUUCAAGGUAUUUGCCUUGUACAUAUCGGCCGUAUAGUGUGGUCCUAUCCUCACGACCAGGAGUUCGCGAAUCUGAUGCUCACAAACAGUAAGGAGCAGCAAGACACCUGGCGACAGGCCGACAGCGCACGCAGAGCCAUGGGCGUAUACGACGGAAGCUCCAAAUCAGAUGACGGGGGCUCGAUAGGCAAGCUUAUUGAUCGACUUGGGCCUUGGACGACACCAGAAGAAGCUGUACCGAUCACUCUCGAUAUCCUACGAAAGGUCAUGCAGGCGAACAGCUCAUGGAAACCAGUCGACGCCCUCGCCAAAAUAGGAUAUACUGUAACAAACGGAACUGCUACAUCGAACUGAAACUAGAAUCGGUGCCACCAAACAAGAUAUACGGCGUUUGCGGCGGCAUUAACCUGCAUUCUUAUGUAUAUUACGAACCAUGAUUCCUAUGACACGAUACCAGAACACUUUAUUAUUUCCGCGUCUGCAACAAUCCUUCUGAGUUUGGGUAUCUGAGAUGUGAAGACAUGGUCGAGGGCGACCUGGAAUUGGCAUGCGGCGUCUCGCUGGAACGGACGGAAUUUAAGGGGGUUUAUCUACGUGCGCAAUCCUACGGAGCUGUUUAGGCUUAGGACAUACAGGAUUUACUGAUUGAUUUUUUUCAUACGCAAAUUCAGUCUAAGCGAGGAGAGAGUUGAGUAAAAAAAAGCUAGAUGCAUUGGAGUGAUUUCAUAUAUGGAGUGGAGAGAGAAGGGGUGGAGGCGAAGCAAAGGAGGUGAUCGGCCCCUAAUCGGUGGCUAUUGUGUAUUUUCCCAACUCGGCAGCGGUUGCGCUGCUUCGAUGAUAUCCCGCCGGCAUGACCGAGCAAAAUGGUACUUUUGAAUGAUUACCACGUCUAAUUUCCGAACUUGUGUCGAUUUCUCUUGAAUGUGAAUAAUU